AAGAAGCCAGCCAGUGGGAGCCAUGAGUGCCAUUUAGCCAGAACCUGAGUCAGGUGGCAGGGAGAGGAUCCUAGUGGUGUGGGCAUUUCCUGUUCCAUUUCCUUGGGAGAUGGGACAUCUUCUGGGGGUUUUCCACAUGAAGCCCCGCCUGCCAAAGACAACCCUCGAACAUGAUCCAAGGUCAUAGAAGCCCAUGCUUAGAACUGGCCAUCAAUCCUUUAGUCAAGCCACUUACUGGGUGGGGAUUUAGAAUGUUGAACGGCAGCCGCUGUGCAUCAGCUGGGUGCUUAAGCAGGCAUUGCUCUCAACUCUCAGCACCCAGGGGUCACCCAGUGCAUGGUGGGCCUCCCUCUCUCCCUCUUAGCCUCCAGAAGUCCAGAACUUGGCAGCACGAAGGCUCUGCCCCCCAAAAUGUGGGACCAGGGCUUGCUGUGGUUGUGGACCCUCAGCCAGAAAGGACAGAAUAAUGCUUCAGGAACCGGGACUGGCGAGCCAGGUCCAGAGGCUCAGGCCUGGAACAAAGAUUUCACUUUGUCUACUGAGAAAAUUACCGAAAAAGAUGAAGAGAGUGAACGAGGAAACUGGUCGCGCAAAUCAGACUACCUCCUCUCUAUGGUUGGCUAUGCCGUUGGCUUGGGGAAUGUCUGGCGCUUUCCAUACCUCACCUAUAAGGAUGGAGGAGGGGCCUUCUUGAUACCUUAUACCGUCAUGCUGGCUCUGGCUGGGCUGCCUUUGUUCUUCCUGGAAUGCUCGCUUGGGCAGUUUGCCAGCUUGGGACCCAUUUCUGUUUGGAGAAUUCUACCCCUUUUACAAGGAGUCGGAGUCACAAUGGUGAUCAUUUCAACGUUUGUGACCAUCUAUUACAAUGUCAUCAUUGGCUACAGCCUCUACUACUUGUUUGCCUCCUUCCAAAGCGUCCUCCCUUGGGCAGAUUGCAAUCCUGAGUGGGCCAAUGCAAAUUGCAGCAAGACGAGGCUAGUGUUAGACUGCAACAUUACAUUAGACAAUGAGACUACUAUCAAUGCGAAUUACUCUUGGGUUGAGAAAAACAACCUCACCUGCAUCAAUGGCACCAAGGUGUUUGCGAACACCCAGGCUCCCAGCGAACAAUACUGGAACAACAAGGUCCUUCAGCGUUCAAGUGGCUUAGACAAGACCGGGGAGGUUGUGUGGUACCUCGCCCUCUGCCUUCUCCUUUCCUGGCUGAUUGUGGCAGUGGCCUUGUUUAAAGGAAUCAAGUCUUCGGGAAAGAUUGUUUACUUCACAGCAAUCUUCCCCUACGUUGUCCUUGUGAUAUUGCUGGUCCGAGGUGCCACUCUAGACGGUGCUCUGGAGGGCAUUGAGUUCUACAUUGGAAAGCAGUCUAAUUUCACCAAGCUCACAGAGGCAGAGGUCUGGAAAGAUGCUGCCACACAGAUUUUUUUCUCUCUGUCUGUUGCGUGGGGAGGGUUGGUCGCCCUCUCCUCAUACAACAAAUUCAACAACAACUGCUAUUCGGAUGCCAUUUUUGUCUGCGUGAUAAACUGCCUCACAAGCGUCUUUGCUGGUUUUGCGAUUUUCUCCAUCUUGGGGCACAUGGCACACGAGGCAGGCAAGAAAGUCUCAGAAGUCGUCGAUUCAGGCUUUGAUCUGGCGUUUGUUGCCUAUCCGGAGGCCCUUUCAAAGCUCCCCGUCGCCCCCCUCUGGUCUUUCUUGUUCUUCUUCAUGCUCCUGCUCCUGGGGCUCGAUUCCCAGUUUGCUACUGUAGAGACCCUUACAACCACCAUCCAAGAUGUUUACCCCAAACUUAUGAAGAAAAUGAGGAUCCCAGUGACCUUGGGCCUGUGCACCGUGCUAUUCCUGCUUGGGCUUGUCUGUGUUACGCAGGCAGGGAUCUACUGGGUCAACCUGGUGGACCAUUUCUGUGCUGGCUGGGGGAUCCUUUUCGCAGCUGUCCUGGAGCUGGUGGGGAUCUGCUGGAUUUAUGGUGGAAACCGAUUUAUCGAAGACACUGAGAUGAUGAUUGGGAAGAAAAGCUGGUUGUUCUGGCUGUGGUGGAGAGUCUGCUGGUUUUUCAUCACACCUUUCCUCCUCCUCGCAAUUUUGAUUUGGUCUUUGGUCACCUUUGAGCGCCCAAAAUUUGGCUCUGUGGAAUACCCAGUUUGGGGAGCUGCUGUUGGUUGGUGCAUGAUCAUGUUCUGCCUGAUUUGGAUUCCCAUCAUUGCCAUUUACAAGAUAUCAAAAGCAAAAGGGAGCUUGUGGCAGCGCAUUACUUUCUGCUGCAAGCCCCAGCCCAACUGGGGUCCCGCCCUAGAGCGCAAUCGUGGAGAAAGAUACCGCAACAUGGUUGACACAGAGAAGGAGAAAGACAUCGAAAUCCCGACUGUGGAUGCCUACGUACACAAGCCAGAGUGAAGUGGCCCGUUGGGAGGCAAUUGGCACUCAUGUUCAGCAGAGAGAGUGGGUUUUUUGGGUUUGUGUGAACGGGUUUUUUUUAUAUAAUGGAAGCCAUAUUAUUUAUUCUGAGAACUGUAUAUUGUGAUAGAUCAAUGGACAGCAAGUCAACGGAGCGUGGAGGCAGGUUCUUCGUCGCUAACAUGUACUGCCCUAUUGACCUGCCCAGUUGCUAGAUAUAGUGAGGAAGACAGCAUGUCUCCUGACCCCUUAGCUGGUGCUAAAACUGGUCCAUGCUAUGCAUGGGGAGAGCUGGAAGAAGUUCCAGAGUUUAGUCCCUGUUCCCAGGGGAGGCUGUAACAUAGAUCUUGCUAGGAGUGGGCUCCAUUCCCUAACCCAUCAUGAUCCAUUCCUGUAACAACCCUGCAGAAAUCCUCCCCGGAGUCUUAAUCCUCCACUGAAAAUGUAAGGGCAGCAGCCUUGCCCUCCUAACAGGCUUUGUGACAGGAAUACACUUCCAUAAUGCUCGAAGGUGAUUCAGUAUCACACAAGUGCCUUACCUAGAAGAAAGCAUUGUUGAAGUCAGUGGGGUGUAAUCCCAAAUAGAUUAGUUUUUUGACAAUUAGCUAUUGUUUCUGUAUUCCUGUUCCUGGAACUAUGUGUAUGAUACAUCAGAUCUAUAUCUGUAUUUCUGCAUCCAGGCAUUCCAAAUUUGGCACCACAGAAACCUGAGUGAUGUGCGCUCUUUAUUUUAUUUUGCUUAAUUUAUUGUUUUUAUCCUCUUGCAAAAUAAUGAUGAUGAUGAUCAGAUUUUCUUCUUGAUGGAUAAGCCAGGUACUCUCCACCCCUCAUGCAGUUGCUAAAGAUCCAGCCAACUCUUUGGCUUUGGGGGAUUUCAGCUGGUGUUUCUGCCACACCUUUAAGCAUAUUGUUACAGUCCCAGCAAUAUAGGCUAGCAGCUUGGUGUUUGGAGUUUGUUUUUCAAAUGCGACACUUCAGAAGCUGGGUCCUGUGCCUAGUGCCAUAUUCUGUGCUUUGUGGCCUUAGUUAGUCUCAGAAAGCCCAGAGUGGCUGGCUGGCCAGCCCAAAGACCUGACUUUCACGAUGCUUCUGUUCUGCCUGAUCUUGUAUUGAGCUAGUAAUGGCUGCGAUCUUCUCAAGAGGCUCUUCCUUUCAUCCAUCUUUAUCCCCAUUCUCUCCUGAAUCUCUAAUUUGUGAGUGUCUCUGGAGAGGGUCAUUUUUCUUAAGGAUGUUGCACAAGUGAGUCAGCACUUGUUUUCUAGUUUUCUUCAAAAAUGCCAUUCUUUAAACCCUCAGGCAACCUGAGUUACAAAGGAACUUUCCCUGAAGCUCCUGCUAUAAGUUUUAUGGCAUCGAAUUUGUUUACUUCCAAAAGAGAAAAGUGGCUUUAAAUAUAUAUAUAUUAUUUCAGAAUGUUGUUGUUGUUGUUGUUGUUGUUAGAAGAUAACUCAACUGGUAGAGCCUGAGGCUCUUAAUCUCAUGGGUCCAAACCUUUGGUUGGGCAAAAGAUUCCUGCAUUGCAGGGGGUUGGACUAGAUGAUCCUUGUUGUCCCUUCCAACUCUACAGUUCUGUGGUUCUAUAAUGGGAUACAGCAAGAUGUCCAUAGCCUUGUCCCACUGAACACCUGGGAGGGGAAAUGUCCAGCUCUCCAGAUGUUGCUAGACAGCAAUUCCCAUCAUCCCCAGCCACUGCCCAUGCCAGAGAGCUACAGGUUCCCCAUAACAUCUAGAGGACACCAAUUCUUCAGCCCUGGCUCUGAAAGAUAACAGCCUCUUUGGGCCCAGGGUGGGGGAGCAAGAACACUCUUCCUUUGCCCUAAGUCAUCUCAGUUGAAGAAUGGAAGUGGAGUUGUUUCAUCCUUCUAAUGCAGAGUUUCCCAAACUUGGCUCUCCAGCAGUUUUUGCAUUACAACUCCCACCAUCCUUAGCUAGCAUGGGAUGGUGGGAAUUGUAGUCCAAAAGCAGCUGGAGACCCAAGUUCGGGAAACACUGUUCUAAUGGAAAGGUAGGCAACACAAUGCACUCCAGAUGUUGAUAGACUCAUAAUUCCCACCAGCCGCAAACAGCUUAGCCAGUGAUGGAACUUGUAGUUCAACAACGUCAGGACAGGCAGCACUGGCUACUCUGGUUCUGAUGGCAGCCACAAGGAGGGAUCCCAGAAACAGGUUACAUUCACAACAUAAAUUUAAAGCAGGUGCUGAGAAUUGUUAGAAAACCUCUAUUCAACUCACAGAGCAACAAUUUCUAGAGUUCCCUGUGAAGAGGGAUGGUUAAGCCUCUCUAGGAAGUGCAGCUUUGUGAGAGGAACAGGGGUCUCCUAAAAACUCUCAGUGCCUUUAAAAAACUACAGCUCCCAGAAUUCUUUAUUCUUUUUUGGGUGGGGGGGGGAGAGCCAUAACCGUUUGAAGUGGUGUCAUGGUGCUUUCAACUCAUAGUGUGGAUGUGGCCACCAUUUGUCCCCAGAUGUUUGAUUCUGGGUGGGUGGGUGGUAGAAAAAUGCCAUUGCAAUGUGGCAGGAUGUUCCAGCUGCCGUACCAAGCGGUCGCAUGACCACUAGACCCACCUUCAUUCCACGUUUCCUGUCAAUUGUAGGCCUAUGUCCUGGAAGUCUACUUUCACUGAAAAGAGUCCUUUAGCUGCCUUCACAGUCCAUGACAUAAAAUAGGGCCAGGGCACUUUUUUUGCCAGGGACACCGAGCCUGUGGUGAUAGGUGAGAAGCUCUGGGAUCCCCCAGGUGUGUUUUUGUACUGUAAAAAAACAUAUUGUCUGUUUUGGGAAAUGAACAUGUUGCCAUCUCAAAACCAAUAAAAUUUCUGUUUGUUUGUU